GUGAAUGGGACCUGCAGGCCAUUGAGAGAGCUCCAGCUCGGAGAAGGGCCUAAGAGAAGGGGACAUGGGCUUCCUGAGGCUGAGUCUCCUGCUGGCAGUGGUGCUGCAACAAGCGGGCUGUGGCUCGUGGCCGGAGCCCCUAUUUGGACGCCUCACGUCCCCCGGCUUCCCCAAAGUGUACCCCAACGAUGAGGAGCAGAGCUGGAACUUGAUAGCUCCCCCUGGCUACCGGAUCCGCCUGUACUUCACCCACUUCAAUCUGGAGCUGUCUUAUCUCUGUGAAUAUGACUUUGUGAAGCUCUACUCCGGGGACAAGCUGCUGGCCACGCUGUGUGGGCAGGAGAGCACCGACACGGAGCGGGCGCCUGGCAACCACACAUUCCUCUCCGUGGGCAACAACCUACGCCUGGCAUUCCGCUCCGACUUUUCCAACGAGAAGGAUUUUACUGGCUUCGAGGCCUUCUAUGCAGCCGAGGACGUUGAUGAGUGCGAGGUGCCGCCCGGAUCAGACCCCAUCUGCGAUCACCACUGCCACAAUUAUCUGGGGGGCUUCUACUGCUCCUGCCGAGCCGGCUUCAGACUCCACAAAGACAAACGGACUUGUUCAGCCCUGUGCUCAGGUCAGGUCUUCACUGAAAGAUCUGGAGUGUUGAUGAGCCCUGACUACCCCCAGGCCUACCCCAAACUCUCCAGCUGCAACUAUAGAAUCCAGGUAGAAGAUGGAUUCAGUGUCAUCCUGGAAUUUGAGGACUCAUUUGAUGUGGAAACUCACCCAGAGACUCUGUGCCCCUAUGACGUCCUUAAGAUUAAAACAGACAAAGAGGAAUUCGGCCCCUUCUGCGGACAGACGUCACCCCCCCAAAUUAAUACCAGAAGCCACAUCGUGGAUAUCAUCUUCAUCACUGACGACUCAGGCAAUCACACCGGGUGGAAAAUCCAGUACCUGGUCACAGCUCUGCCGUGCCCUAAUCCAACAUCGCCACCUCAUGGCCGCAUCGCGCCAGUGCAACCAAAAUACAUCAUGAAGGACCACUUCUCUCUCUCGUGCGAGACGGGCUACGUCCUUUUCAAAGUUACCGUAGGAGACCAUUUUCGUCUUGGUGUACAUUUUUUAUCCCCCCUCCACCCCCGCUUAUAUUUAUUAGUCGUUGACUGCGGCCCUCCUGAUGAUCUACGCAAUGGCCGAGCCGCGUACAUCACCGACCGUGAAGUGACCACGUAUGGAGCCAUGAUUCAAUAUAGCUGCGAGGGCCCCUUCUACGCCAUGAACAUAAAUAAUGACGGUAAAUAUCGGUGUGGGGCUGAUGGCUUCUGGAAGAGCUCCAAGGGAGAGAAUUCACUCCCAGUCUGUGAGCCUGUUUGCGGGGUGACGUCCCAGAGACUGGAGCGAGUACUUGGAGGGAGAAAGGCCACGCUGGGUCAAUUUCCCUGGCAAGUCAUGUUGACGGGGGAGAGUCUAGCCGGAGGUGCCCUUUUAUACGACAACUGGGUCCUCACAGCUGCGCAUGCAAUACAUUCUCAAAAGGAUCCAUCGACUCUGGAAAUCAGAAUGGGUGUUCUGAACAGACUGUCGUCUCAUUAUACUGAAGCCUGGGCAGAGGCGGUCUUUAUACACGAGGGUUACACAUAUGACGAGGCCAACUUUAACAAUGAUAUCGCACUGAUUAAGUUGAAGAAUCAUGUGGAAAUUAAUAGUAAUGUCACGCCAAUUUGUUUGCCAAGAAAAAAUGGAUCCCACGUGAAAACAAAUGAUUUGGGAACCGUGUCUGGCUGGGGUAGGACUGAAAGAAGUUUCCGUGCCCGAAAUCUAAUGUACGUUGAAUUACCGGUUGUUGACCAGCAAACGUGCCGAGCUGCAUUUGAAAAUAAGUCCUCGGGAGGAAAACCUCUUGUGCUAACUGACAAUAUGAUCUGUGCUGGUUUUCAAAGUGGGGGAAAGGAUGCCUGUACCGGUGACAGCGGCGGGCCCUUAGCAUUUCUAGACCCCGAAACCAAAAAAUGGUUCAUAGGAGGGAUUGUGUCUUGGGGUGUAGGAUGUGGUGAGGCAAAUCAGUAUGGAGUCUAUACCAAUGUCAUUAACUAUAUUCCCUGGAUUGAGAACAUCAUUUUGAAUAAUUCUUAAAACUGAAGAAACUUCCAAUGACUUCUCCCUUAAUAAAAAGUAUUUUUC